AUGCUCCGACUCAUCGCACUCCUAUCAGCUCUCCUCCUCGCACCUUGGCCGGCUCAGGGUGCUCCGCGUCCCGAGUCGAUCGAAGUUCGACAGGCCUCGUCAUACUGGCUCGCGCAGAUCCAGCGACAAGGCACCGUUGCCUACACAGACGAUGGCGACUCUCGACCCUCUGACCCAACCACCUACAAAGUCUACCGAAAUGUGAAGGAUUACGGCGCUGUUGGCGAUGGAAAUGCCGAUGACUUUGACGCUAUCAAUCGCACCAUGUUCGACGGCGGCAGAUGCGGAAUGGGUUGCAAUUCCUCGACCAUUCAGCCUGCGCUUGUCUAUUUCCCUCCCGGUACCUACAGAAUCUCCAAGCCUAUCGUUAUGCCAUACUACACUCAGAUGGUUGGGGACGCUACUAGCCCGCCCACCAUCAAAGGCCUCUCCACAUUCGAAGGUAUUGCACUCAUCGACUCCAACCCUUACUACCCGGGAAUUUCCAAUCCAGACGGAACCGGCAUCAACUGGUAUCGUAACCAGAACAACUUCUUUCGUCAAGUCCGCAACUUCAAGAUUGAUCUCACCGAUAUGCUAGAAGUCAACCCUGAUGGGGUAAGCGGUCCGGCUGGUUUGCACUGGCAGGUCGCUCAAGCCACCAGCUUGCAGAACAUCGUUUUUCAGAUGAAGCCAAAGAGUGGGACCAAUAAGCAACAAGGUAUUUAUAUGGAGAAUGGUUCUGGCGGAUUUAUGUCCGACCUGGUCUUCAAUGGCGGUGCUAUUGGCAUGGCUGUUGGCAAUCAGCAGUUUACCACCCGCAACUUGGCUUUCAAUGGUUGCCAGACGGCCAUCCUCAUAGGAUGGGAUUGGCUGUGGACAUUCAAGUCUUUGAAGAUCGAUGAUGCUGACAUCGGCAUCGAUAUGGGCAACCUGCUGAACGGAAAUAACCAAUCCGUUGGGUCGGUCAUCAUGUUCGACGGUGCCAUUACUAACUCCGCCGUCGGUAUCAAGACCUCUCACAACGCCACCAGCUUUCCGCCCACUGGCGGCACCCUGACUGUCCAGAAUGUGGACUUUUCCGGUACUCAGAACGCCAUUGUCGGAGCCAACGGUGUCGACCAGAUCCUUGCUGGUGGUGCCAAGGUCGACCUGUUCGUCCAAGGUGAUGCAUACGUACCUCCGUCUGAUGCUAGCGGCCCUGCUAGAGCACAGCAGCUUCCAAAGCGUCUCGCUCAGGCUGACCCUGCUGUGAGUGAUUGCGACGACACGCCCAUGUCUACCAUCCGCCCAAUUCCAGGUUCAGCCACCGUGGCUCCGGCCGACGCCACCAUCUCGUUGGGGUCUCCGCCAGAGUCAAGCGACACUAGCCCCAGCAGCAUCUCUCCCGAUGGUGUCAGCCCCAGCAGCAUCUCUUCCGAUGCUGUCAGUCCCAGCAGCGUCCCUCCCAACGGUGUCAGCCCCAGCAGCAUCUCUCUUAAUUCCACAAGCCCCAGCGGCACUGCAUCCAACGACACGAGCCCCCUUGCUGCGUCGAAUGGUACCUGCACGCGCCAGUCGGUCGCUGCUCAGCCAACCAAGCUGCAACAACAGUGGAACAAGGUUCAGAUGUCGCAGCCCUUGCUCAAUAGCGACGGCUCGGUCUUCGAGCGCUCGAAGCCUCAAUACGAGAACGAGCCUGUGUCUGCUUUUGUCAGCGUCAAGUCCAGUGGUGCCAAGGGCGACGGGACGACUGAUGAUUCCGAUGCCAUCCAGCAGAUCUUCAACAGUGCUACCGCUGAUCAGAUCAUCUACUUCGACCAUGGAGCCUACCUCAUCACCAAGACCAUUCAAGUGCCAAAGAACAUCCGCAUCACUGGCGAGAUCUGGCCGCUGAUCAUGGUGUCUGGUCCUACUUUCAGCGACGUUAACAAUCCGCAGCCCGCUUUCCGUGUUGGCAAUCCCGGAGACAGCGGCGCCGUUGAGAUCACCGACAUUAUGUUCGAAACGCGUGGGCCCACCCCUGGUGCUAUUAUGAUGGAGUGGAACGUUGCGGACCCCGAUGGCCAGCAAGGUGCUAGCGGUAUGUGGGACACGCACUUCCGUGUUGGCGGCUCUGCUGGUACUCAACUUCAGGUGGAUCAAUGCCGUGGCUCGACUCCUGACAGCAAGAACUUCAACUCGGAAUGCUAUGGCUCUUUCCUAAUGAUCCACAUCACUCAGCAGGCUACCGCUUACCUCGAGAACACUUGGUUCUGGGUCGCUGAUCAUGAGCUGGACAAGGAUGGCGAGGACAAGCUCAACAUCUUCAAUGGUCGCGGUGUUCUCAUUGAGAGUCAAGGUCCCGUGUGGCUCUACGGCACCUCAUCCGAGCACCAUGUCCUGUACAACUACCAGAUCAGCAACGCCAAGGAUGUCUUUAUGGGCUUUGUUCAGACCGAGACGGCCUACAUGCAAUCCAAGCCAAAUUCACUAACCAGCGGCUUUCAGCCUAACUCGGCCUACUCUGACCCUGACUUUUCCGACUGUCGGGGAGACGACUGCAAGAAGACCUGGGGCCUGCGCAUCCUCGACUCCUCGAACGUCUAUCUGAUGGGCGGAGGUCUCUACUCAUUCUUCGAGGACUACGAGCAAACCUGUCUGGAGACUGAGGAUUGCCAAUUGAACAUGAUCGACAUCCAGUGUUCGAACGAGGUUUACCUGUUUGGCUUGACCACCAAAGCGUCGGUCAAUAUGGUCAACGUCAAUGGCCAACCCGCCGCGAUCGGGUCAGAUCACCGCAACGGCUUUGGUCAGACUCUUGCUCUGUUUCAUCAAGCUUAG